UGAGGAAACCACUCCUCGGAUUCGAAGGGGAAGAGUAUGUUGUUCAGAAGUUUACUAACUGACAUUCAUUCUUGAAAAUGGAUAAACUGAAAGGCUUCUGUAAAUGGCAGGUGCCUGCAAGGAGAAGCCAGAAGCUGACUGACAAGAUCACAGCUCUUCAAAAGCUGGUUUCCCCUUAUGGAAAGACUGACACAGCUUCUGUUCUUCAAGAGGCUUGCAUUUCCAUUAAAGCUCUGCAAGAUCAGAUUCAGAACUUGUGCAUUGCCUCCCAUGGCCACUCAGAUCAGAAAACGAGGGACGAAAAUGAAGCCGGGCUGCGGAAUAAAGGGCUCUGCCUGGUUCCAGUUUCAUUGUCCCAGACAGUUGCAGACCAGGAUUUGUUCAGUCAAAUGUUGGCCAGCAUGAGUUGUUUCUCAGCAUAGGAAUGCUUGCUUGUUUGUAGCAGUAAAUAGAAUAUGGUAGAAGGCUGUUAAGGGCCUUUUUGUUGUUUUUUUCAUGAUCUCCAAAUGGGAGUGAAAUGUUGCCAUCUGAUAUCAUAUGGAAAUUGAGUUUUAUGUGCAGAGACAAAUGACAAAAACCAAUUUCCCCUAAGGAACUUUAUCCAUUGGAUUAAAAGUUUAUGCCAUUUUAUUAGUUAUUUUUGAGGUACCA